AUGUUUCGAGCCUCAUCAAGUGCGCUGGUGGAUUCGCGCGACAUCGUCGAGCUGGAGCUCAAGCAAGGGGGGUUUGAGAUCCUCAUCCGCAAGAAGGAGGCGCUCCCCGCGCCCGCCGCCCCCGCCGCGCCUGCCGCGCCCGCGUACCCCGCCUACCCCCCUCCCCACAUGAUGGCGCCGUUCCAAUACGCGGACGCCCCGGCUCCCGCCCCCGCCGCCGCCCCCGCGCCUGCUGCCAAGCCCGCUGCUGCUCCCGCCGCGCCUGCGCCGCCUCCGCCCGCCGCGCUUCCGCCCAUGGUUUCCCCCAUGGCUGGCACGUACUACUCCUCCCCCGCCCCCGGCGAACCCCCCUUCCUCAAGGUUGGGGACAAGGUGACCAAGGGGCAAGUGGUGUGCAUCGUGGAGGCCAUGAAGCUCAUGAACGAAAUCGAGGCGGACCAGUCAGGCACGGUGGUGGCCAUCAUCGCAGAGGACGGCAAACCAGUGUCUGUUGGCGCGGUAAGUCCCCGCCCCGCUCACACACCCAUUGUGUUGUGA